GUGAGUGGCCUACCUGGCUGCAAGGGAUACUUCUCCGAAAUGGCCCAGGGAUGCACACAAUAGGGGACACUAAGUAUAACCACUGGUUUGAUGGCUUGGCUCUGCUGCAUAGCUUUACAUUUAAGAAUGGUGAAGUUUACUACAGGAGUAAGUAUCUCCGAAGUGAUGCAUACAAUUGCAAUGUAGAAGCAAACAGAAUUGUGGUGUCUGAAUUUGGAACUAUGGCUUAUCCAGAUCCAUGCAAAAACAUAUUUGCCAAGGCUUUCUGUUACUUAUCUCACACCAUUCCUGAGUUCACAGACAACUGCCUGAUCAACAUUAUGAAAACGGGGGAUGAUUUUUAUGCUACCAGUGAGACUAACUUCAUUAGGAAAAUUAAUCCGCAGACUCUGGAGACCCUAGAGAAGAGUAAAAGAGAGAUAGUAGAGAUAAUAGAUUUUUUAAGGAUUUAUGAGUUCACAAGUACUUUGUGCUGUUCAAAGUAUAAAUCCCAGGCAGAAAAAGAAAAGAAGAAAUCUUGCUUUAAACACCUGGAAGUGGUGUGCUCCAUUCCUUCUCGCUCGCUUCUCCAUCCAAGUUACUACCACAGCUUCGGAAUCACGGAAAAUUAUAUUAUCUUUGUAGAGCAGCCGUUCAGACUAGAUAUUGUCAAAAUGGCAACUGCUUAUAUCCGAGGUGUGAACUGGGCUUCCUGCCUGGCCUAUCAUAAGGAAGAAAAGACUUGGUUUCACUUCAUAGACAAGAAGACUAAAAAAGAAAUACCCACCAAGAUUUAUACUGAUGCUAUGGUGCUUUUUCACCAUGUUAAUGCUUAUGAAGAAGAUGGUCACAUUGUUUUUGAUAUUAUUGCCUAUGCAGACAAUAGCCUGUAUGAUAUGUUCUAUUUAAAAAACUUAAAUAAGGACUUUGAAGAAAACACCAAGCUUACCUCUGUGCCAACCUGCAAGCGAUUUGUUGUUCCACUGCAGUAUGACAAGGAUGCAGAAGUGGGUUCUAAUUUAGUCACACUUCCAUCUACUGCAACUGCUAUAAAAGAAAAAGAUGGCAGCAUCUAUUGCCAACCUGAAAUAUUAUGUGAAGGGAUAGAGCUGCCUCGCAUCAACUAUGACUAUAAUGGCAAGAAAUAUAGAUAUGUUUUUGCAACGGGAGUCCAGUGGUCUCCAGUUCCUACAAAGAUUGUAAAAUUUAAUGUCCAGACAAAGGAAACACUUCACUGGACAGAAGACCACUGCUGGCCAUCUGAGCCCAUUUUUGUUCCCAGACCUGAUGCAAAAGAAGAGGAUGAUGGUGUUGUUUUGACCUGCAUUGUGAUGUCUGAUCCAAACAAAGCUCCCUUCCUACUUGCUUUGGAUGCUAAAACGUUCAAAGAAUUGGGCCGAGCCACAGUAAAUGUAGAAAUGCACCUGGACCUGCAUGGAAUCUUUAUACCAGAGAAAGAUAUGAAGACUGAACCUGAGUAAAAUGC